AUGUUUUCUUUAGGAUUCCUCCUUUUGGCUGCUUUGAAUUCAACUGUGCUGGCGGAGCCAUGGGCUAAUCUAUGUGCUGGCAAGUCUUCCAAUGAGAUCAGGACGUGUGACAUCCAUGGCUGUGGCCAUUACUCUGCUUCGAGAAAUCAUAGGUUUCACCGGGGUGUGGACGUCUUGUGCUCUGAUGGAUCUACUGUGUAUGCACCUUUCAGUGGAACGAUUGUGCGCCAGGCGAAACCUUAUAGAAACAAAAAUGCCAUCAAUGAUGGUGUUAAGAUAUCUGGAAGAGAUUUCUGUGUUAAAAUGUUCUACAUUAAGCCAAUUAAAUAUAAAGGUUCUAUCAAGAAGGGAGAAAAACUGGGCACUCUGUUGCCCAUGCAGAAAGUUUAUCCUGGCAUACAAUCCCACGUACACAUUGAAAACUGUGACCUGAGUGACCCCACCAUGUACCUAUAA